AUGAAUCAGCAGUGCAAAGUUUGUGGCGAACCGGCCGCCGGAUUCCACUUCGGAGCGUUCACUUGCGAAGGUUGCAAGUCGUUCUUCGGGCGGUCGUACAACAACCUGUCGUCGAUAUCGGAGUGCAAAAACAAUGGCGAGUGCAUCAUCAACAAGAAGAACCGGACCGCCUGCAAAGCCUGCAGGCUGCGCAAAUGCCUGAUGGUGGGCAUGUCGAAGAGCGGUUCCCGGUACGGACGGCGUUCGAACUGGUUCAAGAUCCACUGCCUGCUGCAGGAGCAGCAGCAAGCGGCCCAGCAGCACCAGCAGCAACACCAGCAACAACACCAAGGCCAGGGCCCCCACCAGAAGCCACCGCCUCCGCCACCGGUCGGCAUGCAUCCGGGAAUGUUCCACGGGGCAUCCCCGUACGGACUGUAUGCGCGGCCCCCCUGCACCAAGGAGGAACUGAUGCUGCUCGGACUCGAGGAGUACACCAAGCACCCGGCGUCGGCCUCCCCGUCGGUCAGCUCUCCCGACAGCCACAACUCGGACAGCUCGAACGAGAUCAACGACCGGCGGAACGCGCUGCUGCGGCAGGGCAAGUCGCUCCACCACGACUCCGGUCUCGGCAAGGACCUCUUCCUGCCGCUCCCGUUCGGUGGCCUACCGCUGAUGCCACCGCCCGGCUUCCUGCCCUCAUCGCACCUGAUGUUCCCCGGGUUCCACCCGGCGCUCUACUCGCACCCGCAGGCGGGUCUCCUGAAGCCGGCCGAUGGGCCUCACCUGACUUUGCCCAGCUCGCCGCUGGCCAACAACAACAACAGUCGCUUCACGCCAAAUCACAACACCGAGCCUAACCCACAUCAGACACUGGCCGGUGGUAGCGAUAGUGGCAAGUCACCCGACUCCUACUCCAAGCGCUACAUCCUCGAUCAGGUGCUGGAGUCACAGCGUUGCCCGAGCAACGGGACCGUCAGCAGCGACAAGGACGAACCGGAGCCGGAAGAGGUCGGCCCAGCGACGAUGACGCCACCAAGAUCACCAGUCGUUUCGGUGGUAUCGCAGCCUUCGUCGGCCACCUCCGUUCGGCAGUCAGGACAUCAUCAGCACCAGCACCAAAACCACAACCAUCACCACCACAAUCACCAGCAGGACAAUCCGAUCGAUCUGAGCAUGAAGACGGGCAGUAGCUGCACCUCGGUGGACGACCGGCGAUCCUCGAUCUCCGGGGCCGAGUCGAACGGGUCCGAUGAUGAAGCUGCCACCGUCACCGUCGACAGCCGCACGCCGCCCGCUCUGGAUGGGUUCUCUAAGUACGCGCCCGCUGUGGCCACUAAAAGCGUAACGACCCCCAACAACAACAACAACAACAACAGCAUUGGCAACCAUCAAGUCGCAUCGCUGACUCCUUCACCGACCAAGCAACACCUGGGGUCUCCAAUCCACCGGUCAGAGUCGCCGCAGCAGGUCGUCCGCCAGCACCACCCACCAGCACACCAUCCGUACCACCCGCAGCACCUGGCACGGCGGCACCAUCGCCACCAGGCACUCGGCCACCACCACCACCAUCACCUCCACCACCUCCAGCAGCGGGGCAGUGGCAGCGAGUCCGACCUGGAACCGGACCUGGAGACGGAGUACAACCGCGAGGUGAAUCGCAUGAAGCUGCAGGGCACCACGCCGUUGGACCUGACCACCAAGGUCUAG